AUGGCAGAAGCGUCUGAGGUCCCAGUUGAUCCCUGGAUGCUGGAACGAGAGCAACAGAGCAAGAAAGCUUACAACUCAGGAGUGUAUGAGUGCCGGAGGGCCAGACACAUUCUAGAGGAAGAUGGGUGUAAAGAUAAUAUCUGGACCCUGGUCUCAGACCUCAGAAACGCAGAGUGCUGGAUCCUCUGGGAAGUCAGAAGCAGAUGUGACGCCAAACGGGCCAAGAACGCAGCUCUCUCUCUGUUGCCGAUCAUCGGCUGGAUGAAAAUCUACAGAAUCAAAGAGUGGCUGCUCAGUGACAUCGUGUCUGGUGUCAGCACAGGACUGGUGGCUGUCUUGCAAGGUCUUGCCUACAGCUUGCUGGCCUCUCUGCCUCCCUGGUAUGGACUCUUUGCUGCCUUCUUUCCAAUCAUCACCUACUUUUUCUUGGGCACCUCUAGACACAUCKCAGUAGGUCCUUUUUCAGUCUUGUGCCUGAUGAUUGGCUCGGUGGUGACUAGGCUCAUCCCAGACGAAGGGCCAGCUGCCAACAUCACAGGGUUUUCAGGUCUGACGGUAGACGAGCAGAGAGUGUUGGUGGCCUCCUCUGUGACCUUCCUCRUUGGAAUCAUGCAGCUGGCAAUGGGAAUCCUACAGGUGGGCUUUGUGGUCAUGUACCUGUCUGACACCCUGGUCUCCGGCUUCACCACAGCUGCUGCCAUCCAUAUCCUUGUGUCUCAGUUGAAGUUUGUGUUGGGKCUCCAGGUUCCUGGCAUCAGUGGACCCCUCUCCCUUAUAUAUACUCUGGAGAUCAUCUUCAAAAAGAUCACAACCAGCAACGUGUGUGACAUUGUGAUCUCCCUCGUGAUCAUGGUGACGGUGUUUCUUGUGAAAGAGCUAAAUGACAGAUACAAAUCUAAACUGCCUGUUCCCAUCCCGAUAGAGGUUAUCAUGACUGUUAUUACUUGUGGAGUUUCUUAUGCRUUUGACUUCCGGAMCAGAUAUGGCAUUGACGUUGUUGGAAAAAUUCCYCUAGGAUACGAGCCUCCAGUCGCCCCAARCCUUCAGGUCUUCCAGCACACGGCGAUGGAUGCUUUCCCAAUGGCUAUAGUGGGUUUUGCUGUGGCCUUCUCUGUGGCAAAAGUCUAUUCUAUAAAACAUGAUUACACAAUAGAUGGAAACCAGGAGCUGAUCGCCUUUGGAGUUAGCAAUAUCUUUGGAGCAUCCUUCAAGGCCUUCGCAGCAAGUACAGCGCUUUCCAGGAGUGCGGUGCAAGAAAGUACAGGAGGAAAAACUCAGAUCGCUGGUUUACUAUCAGCUGUUAUAGUGAUGAUUGUCACUUUGGCUAUUGGAUAUCUUCUCGAGCCUUUACCAAAGUCUGUGCUGGGUGCCGUGGUCAUCAUCAACCUGAAGGGCAUGCUGAUGCARUUCAAUGAAAUUCCUUACUUGUGGAGGAGAGACAGGCCAGAUUGUGUGGUGUGGGUGGUCACCUGCGUAGCGGCCAUACUGCUGGGGCUGGAUCUUGGAUUGGCUGUUGGUCUUGGUGUGGAGUUGAUCUGCGUCGUCCUCCGGGUUCAGUUCCCUCGCUGCAGUGUGCUAGCCAACAUUGAGGGGACAGAAAUUUACAAAGACAGGAAGGACUACAUCUCUAGCGCAGACAACGACCACAUCGUGAUGGGACUGAUGACGGAUUUCAGAUUAGAGGUUUUGGCCAAAGACAGCCUGGCUGAAGACCAUGAGAAAAUUGAGAGGAAACACAAAGCGCUCCUGGAGCAUGUUAAGGAAAACCUGAGUGUGAACCUUUAUUUUACUUUCUACAAUGUGCAACAGAAAGGCUUAGAGAAUUUGUUCUGGACUGCAAACGAUGACCCUGAAGUGAACACGGAGGAUCUGGAGCUGCCGGUCGAUCUGAAGGAGCUUCCAUUUCAGAUGAACUGGAGCGCCGAGCUUCCGUCGGAGUUCAGCGCUCCCACAUUGGACAUUUCUGCGAUGAAAGGACUCAAAAUGUUGAAAGGCACCAAACUGUAG